CGAGAAUCCACACUAUAUAGUGCCAAUAAACGAAACCGAUGAAACGUUUCAAUUAACAACCAUGCACAAUAGUUUUCAGUGUGUUUGAGGCACACAUGACCACAUAAAUAAUAUGAUUAGGCAACGCAACGUCUAUGGUUAUGGUAGAGGAAUUAUUUCAAUGGAGCUGGAGUGUUGGAAUUGUGAACAUAUUUUGUACAUUUUAUGAAAGCAUUGAUAGCGUUACGUCGCCGUCAUUCAACGUUUUCCGAUUCGAUCCGUUUGGGACAUUUCAUUUGAUUAAUUUGACGGGAAGUGACUUUCUUCAGAAUUAUUUUCCUAGCAAAAUGCCAAACUAUCGGAGACAUCCUAUUGGUAUCGCUUUGAUGAGUUAUUUGGGAUUAGAUGCGUUCGAUCUUCAAUUUUGGAUAGAAAUCAAGAAAGCCUUAAACGCGUCGUAUACGACAAUUGGAUUAUCUCGAAAAGAUGUUCAAUCCAAAAGAUUAUAUGAGACCGGGGAAGAGAGUCCCUUUGAUUUUUUCAUGCACGAGUCACACCAUAUCCGCAUAGAAGGAACAAAAGUACGAUGUUAUCCACAUAAAAUGGGCACUAUAGUAUUGUUGGUUCCACAUGCUAAGCAACGGUCGGGAAUUAUGGGAUACAUACAAAAUGCAACGUGGAAAGUCAUUUUCAUUUUGACUUCUAUUGCAAUUAUAGCAGCAUCGCUCCUCCUAACCAUCAAUGCGUUUUUGAAAACGAAGAAAGUUUUUCUUUUACAAAAAGUUGUUGACGUCGUGAACCUGCUAAUGAACGACAACGACACCAUCAAUUACGCCCAGCUUAGUUGCGCAGAACUUCUUGUGAUUGUACCAUUGACCUUCGUCGGAUUGAUUGUAAUGAACGGUGUUUUGUCGGUAUUUCAGAGCUAUCUUACUUUGCCAUUGUACGAGCGUCAAAUAAACUCACUCGAAGACCUAUACGAGUCAUCAGUACCCAUUAUCGAAGAUACCAGUCUUUUCUGGUCAAGUCAAACAAAGGAAAUGCUUGAACUGGUCUCCCAACAUGGUGGAUGGCAGGACAAAAUGAUUCGGAAAAGUUUUCAGGACGAGGCCGAUUAUUUCAACGAUUCCGUUGCAUUUUUUGUAUACGGCAAUCAGGCUCAAAUAUAUUUAGAAGCCCAGAAGCAAUUGGGUUUGAAAGCCUACCAUUUGGUAACUGGUUUGACUUUUGACACAUUCUAUUCAAUAUAUCAAAUAUCCAGCCGAUUUCCUUUUAUCGACCGAGUAAAUGACGUAGUUCAUCGUCUGCAAAGUGCUGGAUUGAUCGAGAAAUGGUACAAGGCCGAGGACGAUGAAUCCAUUGAUGAACUGAGGGAAUUGAAUCGUUUCUUCAAAACUGCUGAUAAAGAAACAGACAACAAUGAACUGAUUCUUCUAUGGAUCGGUUGGAUUGGCAGUGGAAUUGUGUUUGUUUGUGAAAUAAUUUGGAACAAGGUACAGACGCGAGUUGAAAAUCUGAAGAAAAAACUUAUUGUUCAGGUGCAGAGAAUAUUGAGGAAAUGA